CUAUUACAUAUUCUUCGAUAUCUCUCUUGCAUGGAUAUCCUGUGUCAUGACUCAUGUACGUUCCGAAACUGCCAUAUAACUAUGACUUUGAUGACUCUGCAUGCAUUCUGCAUUCUGUAUUAGCGGACCGUUCAUUGGCUUUGGGCAUUCUUAUUCAUUCUUCCUUGUGCAUUGCUUUCCUGUCCUUGUUAAAUAUUGUCUCGUUCCCCAACUGUUAGUUCUAUGCCAAGUAUUUCUACUUCACAUCCAUGUAUACCAUGAUUCGAUUUCUCUGUUCAAAAGCACGCAUCUAUCCUUCUAUCUAGCCACUAGAAUUUCAUAUUUACCUCAUGACUUAUUUUCGAAAUUGAGUCUUCAUAUUUCAAAUAGCCUCACGCAAUAUAAGAUUCGGUAACCCUAAACCCAUAUAAACAACACAUUUCCAGUUCCAACUAUAGAUACUAAAUAUAUACGAUCAAUACACUCAAUCCACACAGCGAAAAGGUAUGUUGGCAGAAUAUCCCGAAAAUAAUAACAAGAAAAGAAAACCAAACCAUUUUUGAGGGGAGGGAGAGAGAAUCCAUACACACAGCGC